CUUAAAUGACAGUCUUACCCCUUAAUACGAAUCAGAUUUCAGACGCAGAAAAGGAGAAGACGCCACCAAUGUCUGAAUUCCACACCGAUCAGCUCCCCGACGCUCGUUGAUGUCUCUCGUCUUCAUCACACUCCCACAGACCUAACAUCAAACAGGUGGUGUGUGCUACUGUGUGAUCUCGCUCACAUCACACACCCCCUAUGAUAAAUACGAUAGCGUGGGUUUGAGAGAGAGAGGGUGUGUUUCUAGAGAGAGAGUGAUUUUAUAGAGAGAUGAUUCUACCAUUUCUGAAGCUUGGGACCCUUGCUCUGAAGACAGCCUGCAAACCCAUCGCUAAUCGACUCAAGAAAGAGGCUGGUUUGCACCCAAAGUUCCGUGAAUUCAUCAUCAACUUUGCGCAGGCAAAUCAUCGAUUCACAACGACAAUGCAAAGACGCAUAUAUGGUCAUGCAACUGAUGUUGAAAUUCGUCCUCUGAAUGAGGAAAAGGCUGUCCAAGCUGCGGCAGAUCUUCUUGGCGAACUGUUUGUGUUUACGGUUGCUGGUGCUGCUGUUAUCGUUGAGGUGCAAAGAAGUUCUAGAUCAGAAGCUAGAAAGGAGGAACUGCGCAAACAGGAAUUAGAGGCAUUGAGGCAACGAGAGGAAGAGAUAGCAAAAGAGAUUGAACUUCUUAAACAGAAAGUUGGUGAGCUAGAGCAACUUGGCAAAGGACGAGGACUUAGUGGUCUUUUUCACUUCAAGCAUGCUCCUGGCACCGAAGAAGGACAAAAAAAUCAACCCUGAUCAUUCAAGGCUUGGUAACAUGAUGUUCCAAACUUGUUGGCCAAGUUCAAGGCUUGGUAGAUGAUGAUGAUGAUAAACUAGAUUUUCUUAGAUUGUUAUCCCGGUUAUUGUUACAGUUUUACCAUCGAACAGAGUUAAAUCCACACAAAGUUUGACAAAGCACCCUUCAUGGCGCAAGGAUACCCCCUAGCUAACUUUGGGGUUUAUACAUGCUGAUGGGUUUUAACUUUUAAUGUUGUAUUUGUUGCAAAUUUUGUAAAGCCAUCCUAUGAUUUAACAGCUGCAUAUUCUGCCAUUGACCACCAAAAAAAACAGUGAAACGCAAAUUUCUUUCA